CAGUGUUAUAUUAUCGACCACGGUGUUUCAUACUUGUGCAAACAUCGGAGCCGAGGGCAUUAGCUUCGUGAAACUUCGUGCCUCUUCAAAAUCAGGCGAGGCAGCUCCUGGUCAUCAGUUUUUCGUUUUUCCUUCAUUAAAUUCCCUCCCAUCGACUAUGCACGGAAUUCGAAUAUAUAAUGCAACUCUUUGGAUUCGACUAGAACUGAAAGUGAAAGGUGCUGAUACCGUUUGGGCUCCUUUCGGUAACAAAAAUUUGAUAUUAUGGAUCUUUCGCCUCAUCAGCGGGUCGAGAAAUGUACUGAAUGACGAAGAGGAAUUCUUGAAACACACUGCUAUGGUAGCAAAACAUACGAUUCCCAUAGAAAAACUUGGAUGGCAGGAAAUCGACGUGACAACCGCGGUUCGUACUUGGCAUUCUGAAAAAACAAACGAUAGCUUACGUCUAUUUGUUGAUUGUUCUGGCUGUGGAAAUAAGAUUACUAUUCAUCUAUUCGACGAAAAUCAGAAUAAAGUGAAAGAAUCAUUUUUGAAAGCCCAAAAGAUCAACCCAAAGAAGAAACCAGAUGCGUUUAUCGAUUACAACCGUCCAUAUCUAUUUGUAAGUUUAGCAACGAACCAAGUUAAACGACUUCGGCGUAGAGCAUUGGACUGCACCGGAGCGCCAAAUGAACAAUGCUGCAAGCAAAAGUUUUACGUUGAUUUUAAGGCGCUGAAAUGGGAUGACUGGAUCAUUCGACCACACGGAUAUUACGCUAACUAUUGCAAAGGAAGCUGCUUGUUACCAGACAAAUUCUCUGCUGAAUAUCAAUAUGUCGUUGAUGAAUAUCGGAGACAGGGCCAAGUCACCGGAAUUCACCAAUGUUGUGCUCCAACAAAAUAUUCCCCGAUGUCACUCAUUUUUUACGGGCCAGACUCUCGUGUUAUCAAACAGGACCUGUCAAAAAUGAUAGUUGAAGAAUGUGGUUGUCCCUGAACAUUCAGUUUGUUUAUUAGCAAUUGUAUGAUUUCUAAUAUAUACAGUUAUAUUCAGGAGCACUAAUUCGAAAAAUAAAUCGUUUUCAAUUUACCAAUA